GCCUAGAACAGCUCGAGCUCGUUGGAAAACCAGAUCUGUUAGUGAAGGACUCGUCCUGUUCCUGAAAAUACGUAUGACGUCGUAUUGCUUGGACCGCACUCGCUAAAUCACUCGAACUAUCGCUGGAUGAAACAGUGAUCGAUAGUGACUGAAUCGCUUAGUGAUUGGCUAUGAAGGUUUUUGGACAAUUCGGGUCGAGGAGGUGUAUUGUUAUCAGUGAGAUUUGACGGCGUGAGAAAAUUUCGAGUGGACAUGGACGCAUUGUACGCUCAUUACAUUCUCAGAGGGGUUCUUAUCAGAUCGGGGUACAUUUUUACCAACACAUGGGGCAUUGAGAAACUAUGAAAUAAUGUACAUACGAUUGCCACGAUGCUCCGAGAACGCGCCAUUCAUUCUUCUUCUCACUUUUCUAUGUAUGUCGUUCAAAUUGGGCGGCGGAAAACGAUCAUCUUUUCAAUCAGCCAAAAUCGGAAACGGUGAUUAUAAAGACGGCAGUAAUGUCUUGCAUAUCGGCGGUAUUUUUCCGAUCGCUGGAGAGGGCGGUUGGCAGGGCGGCCAGGCGUGUAUGCCGGCCGCCCAUCUCGCCCUCGAAGACGUCAACGCAAGAAAAGAUUUACUGCCCGGGUAUGUGCUUAAGCUGCAUAGCAACGAUAGUGAGUGUGAACCCGGACUGGCUGCAAGUGUUAUGUACAAUCUCCUUUACAAUCAACCAACCAAGCUGAUGUUAUUAGCUGGGUGUAGUACCGUAUGUACUACAGUUGCAGAAGCAGCGAAAAUGUGGAAUCUAGUUGUGUUAUGUUACGGAGCAAGUUCGCCAGCGUUAUCAGACAGAAAUCGGUUUCCUACAUUGUUUCGCACUCAUCCCUCCGCAACCGUACAUAAUCCCACGAGGAUCAAGCUGAUGAAGAAAUUUAACUGGUCUAGGAUAUCCAUAUUGCAGCAAGCAGAGGAGGUCUUUAUUUCAACGGUUGAGGAUCUCGAAAGAAGGUGUAUGGAAGCCGGUAUAGAAAUAGUAACAAGGCAGUCAUUCCUUUCUGAUCCUACUGACGCUGUUAGGAAUCUCAGGAGACAAGAUUCCAGAGUUGUAAUAGGACUUUUCUAUGUCGUAGCUGCAAGAAGAGUCCUCUGCGAAUUGUAUAAACAAAAUCUCUACGGAAAACAAUACACUUGGUUUUUUAUAGGUUGGUACGAAGAUAACUGGUUUGAAAUAAUGAUAGAAAAAGAAGGAAUAGAAUGUACAGUAGAACAGAUGCGUAUGGCCGCCGAAGGCCAUAUAACAACCGAAGCGUUAAUGUGGAAUCAGAACCGUAACGAACGCACCAUUUCCAAUAUGACAUCAGAAGACUUCAGGUUGCGAUUAAACGAAGUACUUCGAAGAGAAGGGUACGACAUACAGAACCAGAGGUAUCCAGAAGGUUAUCAAGAAGCUCCUUUGGCGUAUGACGCCGUAUGGAGCGUUGCGUUAGCUUUCAAUAAAACAAUGGAUCGUCUCCACAAGUACGGAAAGAGUUUAAAAGAUUUCAAUUACAAUAAUAAAGAGAUCGCUGAUGAUAUUUAUUCAGCUAUAAAUUCCACGCAAUUCUUAGGAAUUUCGGGUUUUGUGGCGUUCAGCUCACAGGGCGACAGGAUCGCGUUGACUCAGAUAGAGCAAGUGAUAAACGGCAGUUACGUUGUCCUGGGAUAUUACGAUACCCAAGCCGACAAUCUCACAUGGUUCGGCAGGGAAGUUUGGCGAGCUGGUAAAGUUCCUCAAGACAGAACUAUCAUCAGAAGAGUAUUGAGAAACGUAUCCUUACCGCUGUUUAUUUGCAUGUGUAUCAUAUCCAGCAUUGGAAUUAUUAUAGCGGCAGUUUUAAUAGGAUUUAAUAUUUGGAAUAAACAUAGAAGGGUGAUUCAGUCUUCUCAUCCGAUUUGUAAUACUAUAAUGUUGUUUGGUAUAAUAGUGUGUCUCGCCGCGGUAUUUCUACUCGGUUUGGAUGGAAGAUUCGUUAAUCCCGAAGCGUAUCCUCUGGUUUGUCAAUCGAGAGCCUGGCUCUUAUCGACAGGUUUUACUUUAUCUUUCGGAGCCAUGUUCAGCAAAGUUUGGAGAGUCCAUAGGUUUACUACUAAAGCUAAAAGUGAUCCCAAAGUGAGAAUGAAAAAAGUUCAACCAUGGAAACUGUACUCUAUGGUAUCCGGCUUGUUGACGAUUGAUUUUAUUAUAAUGAUCAGUUGGCAAUUGUUGGAUCCUUUGCAGAGACGCAUCGAAAUAUUUCCAUUAGAGCCUCCCGUUUCAGCUUUGGACGACGCUCAAAUUAGACCGGAGCUAGAACACUGCGAAAGCCAACACAAUAACGUUUGGUUAUCUGUUAUUUAUGCUUAUAAAGGUUUAGUUUUGAUUUUCGGUUUAUUUUUGGCUUACGAAACUAGAUCGAUGAAAGUAAAACAAAUAAACGAUUCGAGAUAUGUUGGAAUGAGCAUCUACAACGUUGUUAUAUUAUGCUUGAUCACAGCACCGGUAACGAUGGUAAUCGCUAGUCAACAAGACGCCAGUUAUGCAUUUGUGGCACUAGCGAUUGUUUUUUGCUGUUUUCUCAGCAUGGCUCUCAUAUUCGUGCCUAAGGUUAUCGAAGUGAUAAGACAUCCGAAAGAUAAGGCUGAAAGUAAGUACAACCCAGAUCCGGGUCUUUCUAAAGAAGAAGAAGAAAAAUACCAAAAGUUACUUAGCGAAAAUGAAGGAUUACAACGACUAAUAGCGCAGAAAGAAGAAAAGAUCAAACUUUUGAAAGAACGUUUAGCUGAAAAAGAUUUGAACAGUAAAAGCGGACUACUUACGCCAUCUGCAAUCAUUCAAGGUAAGGACUGCCUCAUAGUGGCAGAUUUUAUCACUGACGCGGGUACAUCUGAUUCGGCUUUCGGUGGAGGGCAUUCUAUAUACACAAGAUCAUCGAGGUGCAGUCAGUCCGAUAUCGAAUUUAGCGAGAGUUAUUUGUAAUAUCUAUAUUUCAUUUAUACCAUCCUAUAACCAAUAUUUGAUUCGAUUCAUUUCUCCAAAAUAAGGGGCUUUCCAAUAAGAGGUGUUAUUUUGAUAUUCAAAGAAAAAUGCCAUUUUUUGAGAUAAAUGAUCGGAUGUUUAUUUAAAUAUAAAGAGGAAGGUAUGCCGUUAAUAAUCGAACACAACAUCAGCCAAAUGGCCGCCACAACUGCGCUUACAGGACCAUAUCCUUUUCAUGAUAUUUUCCGUAACCAAAUUGCAAAGCGGCUGCCCUAUGUCCUCGAUAGCCUCACGAAUUCCAUCUUUGAGGUCUUGAAUCGAUGCUGGACUAUUGGUGUAAACCUUAUCUUUCACGUGGCCCCAAAGGAAAAAGUCGCAAGAUGUUAAAUCACAAGAUCUCGGUGGACAAUUGUGAAAUAUCGAUGGUUUCGUUGCUUGUGUGACACGUAGCGCCGUCUUGUUGAAAGUAAACGUUGUCCAAAUCAAUACCAUCCAAUUCCGUCCAUAAAAAAUCAUUAAUCAUCUCUCGAUAGCGCAAUCCAUUCACCGUAACUAUUGCUCCAGCCUCAUUUUCGAAAAAGUAAGGUCCAAUGACACCGCCAGACCAUAAACCGCACCAAACAGUCACGCGUUGAGGAUGGAGAGGAUUUUCAACAAUAACUCUUGGGUUUUUCGAGCCCCAGAAUCGACAAUUUUGUUUAUUGACGUAACCACCAAGGUGGAAAUGGGCCUCAUCAGUUAAGAUGAUUUUUCGAUGAAAUUCCGGAUCAUUUUCAUGCAUUUCAAGGACCCAAUCAGCAAAGACACGACGUUGUUGAUGAUCGGCCGGCUUGAGUUCUUGUGUUAACUGAACUUUAUAGGCAUUAAGACCCAAGUCUUUAUGCAAAACACGGUGUAAUGACGUUUGUGGAAUGGAUAAUUCCAAAGAACGACGAGGAAUGGACAAACCUGAGGUUUCUUCAACACUUUGGGCUACAGCAGCAAUAUUCUUGAGCGACGUGCACGGGUUUUAUUCUUCACAUCACUAACUUGUCCCAACAGCUCAAAUUUUUCCACCAAUUUCUGUAUUGCGGUCCGAGAAGGUGCUUCACGUCGACCCAAAAAUGUUUUAGUUUCUGCCAAACUUUCACCAUUUUUAUAGUGAAUUUUAAUAAUUUCAAUGUGCUGUUGAAGCGUGUAUCCUUCCAUUUUCAUUAAUGGCGUAGUUUCUACUUGUCAAAUGUCAAAAAAUGACAGCUUCAAAAGUGACAUUUACCGAAAUAGCGGGCUGUUCAAAAUAAUACCUCUUAUUGGAAAACCCUUUAUAAUAGAUAUUUUGUAAUAUAAAUAUUGUUAUUGAUGGAUUAAAAAAAAUGAAUACACUAAACGCACAAUAUUUUUAUAGUAAACAUUAAAAUACGCAAUAUUUACCACGUCAUUUCCAAUCUUAUUCUACUUCCAUAAUUAUUACUCCACGUACUAUGUUUCCAGACGGGUAUUGUCUAUUUUAAUAAUUCACUAUUGGAUAUAUUCCCCCUAUUUUACACGAUCCCACAUGGCACAUCUUCAUAUGUCAAUUACGAUGCAUGUUUUGAAACUUUUUCUUCUACUAAUAAAUUUUCUGUAGGACUUUAAUAUAUUUAUUGAUAUUUGAAAUGAAUAAAUAACUGUCGUAAUUAUUAUUGUUAUUUAAUUAAAAAUACAGCAACUAAAUGACAUUGACAAUCAUUUAAAUACACUGGUAACAACUAACAAUAUAUUUUCAUCAUGUACGGUUUUUUGAAUACGUAUAUUUAUACCCAAACUGAUUGAACCUCGUAUGAUGUUAAUUUUUUUAGUAAACGUAUUUAAUGAAACUAAUUUCGAUCUCGUUAUAACAUCAACACGAAAGAAAAAUAUCUGUUUCUCCCAAAAUUCCAGUAAAUUUGGUAUCCCAGCAAAAAAUAGAUAAAUUUCCAUAUCAUUAUUUUUCGGUUAACAGUUUCUUGAUGUUUUUGUUGUAACGAGAUUUUUUCUUUGUUAUUAGACUAGAUUUUUGGGAGUGAGAUGUUUUUCUUUUUGACAGAUACAAAUGACGAAAGAAAAUAGGUCCACGAGAAGAUUAUAGAGUGUGUCGGCUUUGGUAGGUAUCCGAAGGAAAGCGGAACGGAGUUUUAUAAAAUUCAACGAUUUUGUUAACGAUAAAACAUCGAAUAUAUAUAUAAAAAAAAAAUUUUAUGAAACUCUGAAUAUUUUGUGCAUACGUUUUAGUUAAAUUAAAGACAGACAAUAUUAAAAAAUUGUUGUAGAAAAUCGUAAAUAUUGUAAAAAAAAUUCUUUAUUUUAGAAAAGUAGAACGGAAGACGUGUUAAAAUUGAUAUAUUGCAAGUUAGCAUGAUGCAAUACAACGUGCAAUGCAAUGCAAGUUGCAAUUCUAGGGAGAAGUCUAGUUACUUUUGGCGUAACAACCGAUCACAUUGUCUUGCACCAUGCUAAGCUUUCCUAAUUAUUUAGAAAACAAUGCGUUAACGUAUUUCAACAUUAUGUAUAUAAAUUCCAUAAAAUCGUGUUGUCACACUUGCCGAUUUUGAUAUUAGUCAUUUAAAUAUAUAAUACUAGAUAAAAAUAGUAUAAAAAUUUAGAUUUGAUGAUAUCUUGGAAACGACAAGAAGGGUUUUUGGAUAAUCGAAUAAUCAAACGUUCUUAAUACGAAUUUAUGGGUUUUUUUUAUAAGGAACGAAAAGAAUUCCACUCGAAGUAAUAAUAUUUGACUAAUAAUUGCAUUAUUAGAAUAUAGUGUAAAGAUUCUCUGUUUUAAAAACGUGCUGAAACUUCGUGAACGUGCCCCAAAUAUUUGGUAUCCUGCAAGGAUAUAAAACAAUGUCCAGAUUAAAGUUCUUCAGACAAAAUUAUUUCGUUCUACUUUUUUAGUAAAUGAAAAAUAAAAUUGCUGUGACAAAAAAAUGAUUUAGAAAUGUACUGCUAGUCUGGUAGUACUUAUAAGUCAAUUUCAUAAAUAUUUAGUCGUUGUUGUAUAAAUUAUAUGAAACAUGUUUUCUAUUAAAUAGAAAAAAAUAUUUUUUUGAUAGUCUAAAGUAAUCAAGGAAUAUUUGAGGCGCCUAGAAUCAAGUCCAUCUCGAGAAAUUUUCGGAAAAGUGCAAAAAAAACUGUCACAAACAAACCAAUUAUAAGAAAUUAUCAAUUUUUUUAUCAAAACAUCGAUAACUUUUACUUUAUGGAUAAUAAUGUUUUCAUCUUCUUUAUUGUUGAGACCUUCGGCUUCUUCUUUGGUUUCCCAAUUCUCGAUAAAAUUUUAGCAUAUCGUGGUUUCUCCACUCUUGUCCAAAGUCGUCAGCAGUUUCGCAACAUCCUUUAUUUUUGCAACUUUAAGGCUAACCUCCUUGUUGAUGGCUUCAAGGUUGAUGUGAGACAUAUUAAACUUUGGUUUUGUGACAGCUUUUACUUGACAAAUUUCAAUUCUAAAAAAUAAAAUCAUCCUGGACCAGAAUGUUAUUUUUCUGCUUGUACUUUUGUAGCAUAAUCCUUUUUGAUGUAUCGAACUUGAAGUGCCACAAGUUCGGUUUUUUUGCACUUUUUCAUAUUCAAACUUCCGAUCUUUAACCGAGACAAUGACUUCAACAUGAUGAACGGUUCCAUGUUUCCCUAGAACUUCUUCAAACUCUUCAAGAAUAGUGUCCUUCUUUUUCAAAUCUUCCUAAAUCAAUCCAAACACCAUGUCGAAAAUAAAGCAUAAAAGAUAAAAAAUUCGCAGUGGAUCUGCGACAACUAAACCUCAACUCUGACCCCAAAGUCAGCAUGGAAAAAUCUAUAAGAAACAAUAUUAAACUCAACUUCGAAAAAAUAUUGACUUUUUUGAUUCUAGGCACCUCAUUUAUAAGAUUCACGAAAUCCGAAAUAGAGAUAAAAUCAUGAAACAUCUUUCAUUUCAAACUGUUCCUCAUUCUUUAAUAUUGACUAAGCUGGAAUUUCUGGAACCGUUGGAGAUAUUCAUACUGAAUAACACUGUCGGACCAGCGUUUCGAUAACCGAUUUAUCGUCUUCAGAGACUGAAGUUAAACUGUCUGAAGACGAUAACUUGGUUAUCGAAACGCGCCUCAAACAGUGUAAUUGUGAGUAAACGGUGUUAUCAGUAUUCUUUAAUAUUGUUUCGAGGUUAUUUGAAGAUUGUUAAUAUUUUUGUGAUUAUAUCAACACCAUAUUAUUUUGAACUUCGAUAAAAGUGACUCUACUGAACAUUUUAGCAUAACGUCGGUUAUGAAUACGUAAUUAUAAUAAAACUAUUUCCGCAUAUCAUUUUUGAUCUUCAAUCACAGAUCAGCGUAUAUUUAUAACCACAGGGAAAUAUUUGAAUCCGAUACGAUAUGGCAUGAAUUAAACUAAAAAGUAGAAAACAAGUUUCUUUGGAAUAAUCUGAAAUUAUGUGCAGAAAAAGUUUUAUUCAAUUUAACAAUACUCUCUACGAGUAUAAAUACACGUUAAUGUGAUAGUUUUUUUUAUUUGUUGUGCAGUUUAAAAAACAUUUGUAGCUUUUGUCAAUAUUUAGGUGUUGUUUUAAUAGUGAGAAAAGUCACUCAAUAUUUAUAUCAAGUGAAUAAAAAAAAAGUAUAAAAGUAAUAAACUCUUAAAUUUUAUAAAAACAAAAAGUAAUAAACGUGUUUGAAAUUUUCAUAAUUAUGGGGUGAUUCCUUAAGUUUGUAGACCGUACUAUAAUCCAAAAAAGUUUGCGGAAUAUUUUUGAAUCAAAUUUCUAAUACUUACGUUAUUAUUUUUAAUUGAGAAAGAUUUGUAGACGUAUAUUAACAAAGUAAUAAAUAAACUAAUUUUAAUUGAAAAAAUCUGUUUCAAAAUAUUACUAGAUUAUUAAAAUAAAAACCGAAAAUGAUAUUAAUAUUCUAAAAAGUUGUGAUAAUAUAGUUGUUGACGAAGCAUCGAUUUUGAAACAGAAAUUUUUUAAAACUAUUCAAAAAAUUAACGAGGAUAUUAUUAUUUUCUCGCUAUUUCUCUGGAUACCGAGCAUCCUUGGCAAGUCUGUUUAUAUAAUCCGACAAUGAACGAUUGAAGUAGGUUAAAUGUUUUAUAUUAUCUUUUCGGUGAAUAUUGUAAGUUUUCGUUUUAACUGUUAUCUCAUUAAAUGACAAAAAUUAUAAUAAAAACCGCUUUUAUAAGAGAUAUAGUAAAUGUUAUAAAUGUUUUGUUACAACAGACGUAAUUUAUUCAUGUUAUUAUUAAAGAAACAAAAAGUUGUAACAUAUCAUAAUAAACAAAAAUAAUAUCGUUAAAAACAUUAGAAAAUAUUCCUCCUAAGUUUAAAAACGUUUCUAAAAUUAAAAAAGUUUUGCAUGUUCUAAAAUCUAAAGCACACAAAUUCAAAUUUGUUUAGUAGUAUACAAGGUACAAUAAAAAGCAUUAAUUUCAACUACAAUAGUACAAUAUCAUACCACUAGAGGUCAGGACAACGCGUCAUCAAUUCUUUUGAUUUGUGUCCUAUUGUAAGACAUCUAGUAUCUAUUAACUCAAUUAGUCGUUGAUAUUAGUUAUUUAUAAAAAUAGUAAAGAUUUGAAGAAAUUCUUAAUUAUUGGUAGCGUUUUUUUGUCGAUCGAAUCACUUUUAUCAAACUUUGAUUCGUAGUUUAAAUGAAUUCUUUCUUCUAGCAAAUCAUUAACAAAACUAGAUUCACACAACAUAUUAUUAUCGAUUUAAUAGUCAUUGUCAAUUAAUUAAAUAUUGUGAUUUAUUUGUUUUUUCUUCGAAAAUAUUUACUAAAAAAGUAUUAAAGCGAAAUUGUUUAUUAUUGAAGUUGUUAUUUAGUAUUUUUAGAAGAAAAAGUACAAAUAACGAAAGAAAUUUUCUUGUUCUCCAAAAAAGGAUUUUCAUUUUGUCAAUUUACGUUUAUAUGUUUGCCAACUGUUUUUUGUUGAUUAUCGUUAUUAAUUUUUUGAUUAAAAAUAUCUGUUAUGAAACUAACGAAUUCAAAGAUGGAUUUCUGUUUACACGUUUAUUUUUGUUUUACGUUUCGAUGCAUGGUUGAAUAAAGGACAUUUCGGUUUGGAAACUAAUAUGGAUACGUCAGUACCUUGGUAGACCGGUGGAUAAAUCAGAUCAGCUGACGGGGUUGUUAAUGUUUUAAAAAUCACGAAUUUAUUUAUGAUUUGUUCUCAUGGCAUUUGAUAUAACAAUAAGAAUUUAUUAUAAAACUAAAUAAAAAGAAAAAAGACGUUCAGCAGCUGUGUCUCUUAUUGGGUUAGAAUUCAAAACUAUCUGAUAGGAUUUUUAUGUAAUUUAAGGGUCGUAGUUUCAAAAAAAUCCUUAUGUCUUAUUAUAAUUAAUUGUUUUAUCGAUAUUGCUAUACACAUAUUGAUUCAUAGUUGUGUAUCUUUCAUAUUUACGGAUACGUAAAUUCGUUACGGCUUAUUUUUUUUUAUUUGUGAAAAUUAAAUGUGAAAAUUCAUUUGAAACAUUGUCCAGUAAAGUUUUUAUUUUAUCGAAUUAUAGCUAAAAAAGAACACAACAUCAUUUUAACGAUGUACCAAUACAAUUAUACAGCGUUUGAAGCUGAAAUUAGGCAAGUUCUUGAAACAAUAAUACAUAAAAUGUGGAAUCUUCACACGCGUUAAAUCCUUUUUUGUUAAAAAAUGUCUUGACAUUCAUUUAUCUCUUCAGGAACGGACCUGGAUAAUUUUGUAAUUCCGAAACCACCUUUAUUAUUAGAAAAAUUGAGAAAUGUUUGAUAAUUCUGUAUAAGUAGGUAUCUACCUAAAUGAAAAUAUAUUGUAAUUACUAGUACCUAUGAAUUGCAGUUUAACUGUCGACAUAUGUGUUCAAAAAACCCAAUCAGCUACCCAAAUUCUUAUGUCAAAUUAAAUUUUAAUUGUAAAUA